GCACUGGAUUUUACUUGUUGCGGAAACGUUCUGUUUAUUCAUUCGGCACUUUCUGACUUUUUCCUGCAACGACCAGUGCUGAUAAAACAUCAGAAAAUUGUGGUGGAAAGUUUUUUUUUACCAGUACCACUAGACUUAAAUAUUUUAGUGCUGAAAAACCAGACUGGAAUUUCUUUGACAUAGCAAAACAAUAGAAAAUAAAUUAAAUUAGAUGUAUACAUUGCUGUCAGGUUAUUGGAAAUAUUUUUUCCAGAAAGAGGAGUACAACGUCUUGAUUCUUGGUUUAGAUAAUGCAGGAAAAUCAACAUACUUAGAACAGUCAAAGACAAAGUUCAACUCCAAGUACCAAGGAAUGAAUCUGUCAAAAAUAACAGCCACAGUUGGACUAAAUAUUGGAAAGAUAGACAUUGGAAGAGUACGACUUAAUUUCUGGGAUCUUGGUGGACAAGAAGAAUUACAGUCAUUAUGGGAUAAAUAUUAUGCAGAAUCUCAUGCAGUAAUAUACAUCAUAGAUUCUUCAGACACAGAAAGAAUAGAUGAAUCAAAAGAUGCUUUUGAUAAAAUGAUAGUGAAUGACAUGUUAAAGGGUGUACCACUACUUAUUCUUGCCAAUAAACAAGAUCUGGAGGGUUGUAUGAAAGCUUCAGAAGUCAAAAAGGUGUUCAACAGUAGUGCCCAACUGUUUGGAGAUAGAGAAUGCAAGUUUCUUGGUACAUCUGCACUCAAAGGAGAUGGUGUCCAUGAAGGAAUAGAAUGGAUCAAAGAAGGAAUUAAAAGAAACAAUAUAGACAGACCUCCUAUGCAGAAAGAAAUAACUUAAAAUGCUCAUAUUAUUAUGUAAACAAAUGAAUGUUUAUUAUAAGAUAGUCACAUGACAUCCCUUCUUCCAAUUAACAAUAGUAUGAAACCACCUUGCUGUAGUGUAUUUAUGCUAGGAUAAUUUCGUAGUUGGUUGGUUCUUAUAUAUAACAAAGAGUAUACUUUACAUGGAAGUUUAACAGCAAAAUCAAAAUAUAUAGUCAAAUGUAUAAUUUAAUCAUAAAAACAGAUGUAUCAUGUUCAGACACAAUUUUGUCUAAUAUGUUGAUGGUUUUUGUCAAGUUUUCAGUAAAUUCAAAGACCUUUAACUUUGGAAGCAGAAAUACAACCGAAAUUGAAAUAUGAUUGUGGAAAAGAAUUUAAAGGCUGAUAUAAAGUAUUUUUAUGUUAUUGAAAAGAGGACCAAAAAGGUUAAAAAAUGGAGUACUCAAAUUCAAUUGAAUUUAGUGAAGUGUUGCUAAGCAAGAUACAGGUGUUUGAAUUUUUGGAUUUUUGUCAUCAACGCCAUUUUUUUAUGACAAAGACCAUUUUUAAACAAUUCCUUGUACUUCAUUGUUUCAAACACAUGAUAUGGCUCAGCCUCUUUCUCAUGUUUCAAUGGCUGAAUUCUGACAUAACUGAAUUGUUACAUUUUCUGACUAAUUGUGUGUACUAGCAUCUGAAAAGUCCUGUUACUUCACCAUUUUCAUUUGGUAUACUGUUGACCUUACAUUCCAUACGUUCCAUACAUUUUAGCAGAUAAUGAGACUCUUACUCUUAGUUGUGGUUCAGUAGAAGUUUUACAUUGUUCUUUUAUGAGGUUUCUUAUAUGUUUCCUUUUGAAGAAUAACAAUAUUUUUUUAAUUUGUGACAUUGACAGUCGUACAUAGUAGUCAGAAUUUGGAAUAUCUUACAACAUGAUAUCUACUGUCAUGUACCACAAGUUAUGAAGCAUUUCUUUAAACCUCUUUAAACAUCUUGCUGAUUUUGCAUCAAAGCAUAAGAAACUUAACUGUAUGUUUACCAAAUUAUUUCUUUGGAUUCCAUAUAAAAAUCCUUGUCUGAUUUUGUGAGUCAAAUUUGCGAUAACUUGUGUGGUUUUCAAGCUUUCUGGGACCAAGGACCAACAUUGUGUUUAUUAUAUUUUUGGGGGAUUAUGUUUCAUGAAUAUUAUUGCCUGUAGUCAGAUUUACUGUUGCUAAAAUUGUAUGUAAUGUAUAUUGAUUUUAGGGUAAACACUGUUAAAUAGUAGUAAUUUUAUUGUAAUAUCACUGCCUUUAAUUUAUAAAGUAAUGAUGUUUUACUUAUUCAACAUAUUUUGUAAUCUUAAACCCGAUAUGUAAAUAGAUAUUUUCAUGCUGAUAACAAAUUGAGGUUAUGUCCCUGCACACACCUUUCUUCAUCUUGGUAAAUCAAGAUUUCCAAGUCGAUUGAAAUCAAAAUCCAUUUUUAAGAAAAUAAGACUUUUUUAUGAAUAAAAUAGCAGUAUGCUGUAUAUACACAGCACAUCCAUUAUUGCAUUAAAUGCAAGGUGACAGUAACAUUCCUGGACAAGUGCAGAUUUUUUUCUUUAAUGUUAAUGUGCUUAAUUUAAUAAAAUAUUAGAGUAAUUAUGCCAAAUCUCAAAAAUUGAUACAUCUACAGAAAUUAAACUUUAAUUACUAACUAUAAAAUCAAAAAUGGAUGUUUAAACCUCCUGCAUAUCAUCAAAUUAAUCUUUAGGUUAUGAAAAAAUACAUGUGGAGUAUAACUAAAAAAAAUACCAGUAUUUGUAUUACAUGUGUUAUUGGUAGAUUUUCCUGUAUAUAUCUGUCAACUCUUUGAUAAUGAUAUUCUUAACUUUUGUUGUUGAUAUAAAUGAUAAUUGUGGUUUUAUAACCAUGAUGAAUCUGUAAAAUAUUAUGCUGUUUAUAAGAGAUAUUUGUUUAUUUUUAAAAUAAAUUGAUUGUAUAUAUAUCAGGGUUAUGAAGCAGAUGUAUGUAUAUUUCAUUGUAAACAUACUAGUGCAAUAAAUUAUUCUUUUUUA